AGUUGUUUCCUAUACGCAAGCAAAGAAAUACUGGUUCCGAUUACUUUAGUUUAUUUGUUUCUUUUUAAUGUCGGCUAGAGGUGCAUCCCAUGAAGAUGUUAAGGUAGUGCUAAUUAAUACUCAGUAUGUUGAAACAGACCCCCAAAGCUUCAAAUCUGUUGUUCAAAACCUCACGGGCAAGGAUUGUUGCGUUGCAUGGAUCGAGGAGAGUUCAUUUUCCGGUUUAAAAGCCGAUACAAAGGUGAAUGGAAAGGUUGCUGCUGAGAGGUCAUGGAACGCUGCCACUCCUGGCGUCGGCAGUGGCGGUGCUUCCAUGUUAACCAAGGGUUAUUCUUUUAAAGACUUGGAUAGAAUGAUCUUGGAGGCGCCGCCAGUAGACGAGUUGAAGUGGUUGUGGGCUGACUAGCAAGCAAACAAGAUCUUCAUUAUUUUUUACAUUUUUGUGUAUAUAUCUAUUUUAAAUUUGUUUAACUAUAUCUCGAGUACUUCU